UUUGAAACGUGAAAUGAAAUUUGAAAUUUACACAAAUGCUGCCGGUGUUCGAAUGAGUUACAAGUAUAAAAUAGUGUUGUGUUUAUUUCGUUUGAAAGCAUAGCUUUUGAGUUAUUCAGGCGUUCCUUUUAGCAUUUAAAAGCUUCGUUUAUUAAUAGUUUAGUUUAAGGUCGCUUUAGGAUUUAAGUUUGUUUUAAAAUCGUUUAAAAAUAUCAUGUUGAAGAAAGGUCCCACUUCGGUAAUGGCGAGACAUGUGAAGCAAGAAGAUUUCACAUCGCGCAGUUCAGCCCCGAAAGAAAUCGGUUUAGAAGUCACAGAUCCAAAGACGAGAAAGAAAUACAUUCGUGGGAAAUUCCUUGGCAAGGUAACUAACAAAAUUUUGAAAUCGUGACUGUUUUACAAACGAUUAUCUAUCGCGAAACGCGAAGACAUAUUGUAACGAUCUCGAUAGAAAAUACACUUAAUUAUUACUGCUCGAGAAUUUACGUCCUUCUCUUGCAAAUUUUAGGGAGGUUUUGCCAAGUGCUACGAGCUGCAAGAUAAAGAGACGAAUCACGUUUAUGCUGGCAAAAUCGUGCCAAAAACGAUGCUUACAAAACCGCAUCAAAAGGAAAAGGUAUAUAUUAUAUUCAAGUUUAAAUGUAGAAAUACAAGUACAGUUUUUGCAGUGUAUGUCUGCUUCUUGAUUCUACGAUGCUUCGGAUUCUAUAAAUCUAGCUGCAUAGAUUUCCAAUCUACUGAUUUCUUUUCUUAGAUGGCUAUGGAAAUAGACAUACAUCGAAAACUGCACCAUAAACAUGUCGUUGGCUUCCACUGUUUUUUUGAAGAUGAUGAUUUCAUUUAUAUUUUACUGGAAAUUUGUCGUCGACGGGUAAGCUUAGAAAUGAAACUUUUAAUAUACAUAUUUUUAUGAAACAAAUUUCAAUUUCUGUAUAGCACAAGGUACAGAAAUCAGGGGCCAUUUAUAAACGGUUAUUUUUGAAUUUCAAAAAUCGGAUGUUGUGUAUCAAAUUAAUUCCCACCCACCCUUUGUUUUAUGAAUGUAAGCUAAAGAAAUAUAAAGAGAAUAAUUCCUUAAAAUAUAUGGAAAACUACAAUAUAGUACACAUUCAUGACCUAAUUGAAAAAAUUGUGAAAAAUGUUAGGUAUAUGUGCCUUAGACCACUUGCGAGUUAUGCUGUAAUUGUCAAGAACAACACCAUAUCCGGGGGACAUAGCCUCGUUCUCAGGCUGUUGUUUGUGGGCAUUUGACCAUAUGUACUCGGAUUGUAUGUACUCUGAGCACUGGCUGGGCUCAGAUCCCAGCUGUUCGGGUUCUAACCACUGGUCUACAGAAACCCGAUUUGCUGUGCCCACCUUUAAUUGUACGUACAUUUCUACACAUUUUAAACAGUCGCUAAUGGAGCUACACAAAAGACGAAAAGCCCUUACCGAACCCGAGACACGAUACUACUUGAAACAGAUUCUGAUUGGCUGUAUUUACCUUCACGAUGCAAAGAUUAUCCACCGAGAUCUCAAACUCGGUAACUUGUUUCUUGACAAUGACAUGAACAUCAAGAUCGGUGACUUUGGUUUGGCCACAACUGUACAGAGUGACAAGGAAAGAAAACGGUUAGUUGGUGGCAAAUGCUAGGGUGGCGGGGGGGGGGGACAACAGCAACAAUCCCCCCAUCCAUCAAUACUUUUUCAAGUCACUAAAUGAUCAACUUGUUUGUAUUUUCCCUUGAAUCUAGAACAUUGUGUGGGACUCCAAACUACAUAGCUCCGGAGGUUUUGAGCAAAAAAGGGCACAGUUUUGAAGUCGAUGUUUGGUCAUUAGGUUGUAUCAUGUAAGUACUGUACUGACUGUUUGUUGCAUAUAUGUGAGAAGAUCAAUACUUAAUCCAGUUUGAUUCUACCAAGGCAAGCACCAUAGAUUUUUUCUAGAUACUCCAGUAAUUUCCUCUUGUAGUAACACCGGAUCAACAAUGGAUGCCCCUUACUGAACCUUUAAUCUGCUACAGUUAUUCAUUAUAAUUGAAGUUAGUAUAGUACUUUAGUCCAUUUAAACUAGCUAAUUCUGUCUGCCAUGAUAGGUACACUCUUCUUGUUGGUAAGCCACCAUUUGAAACGUCAUCUCUCAAAGAAACGUACAAUCGUAUAAAGAGAAACGAGUAUUAUAUCCCCUCAAAGGUCGGAUCCGUUGCACAAAAAUUAAUUGUAAAGAUGUUGAGGCCGGACCCUGUCACGCGUCCCACCAUGCACGAAAUAUACCAAGACGAGUUCUUCAGGUCGGGCUAUCUCCCCACGACCCUCCCUCCCUCCUCCCUGUCCAUGGCCCCGAGGUUCAACACUUCCAUCUUGGAACCCAAGGCGGUGGGCGUGGCUCAGAAAGACGCCAAGGUAGUCGAUGGUAAAAAUGCGCUCCAGAGACGGCCGUUAUUUGAGAUCAACCAUUUGCAACCGCCUGCCUCGUUGGCCGUGAAGCCGGAAGAAAACCGCAGACGUUCGCAUGCGAUGCAUGUUCUCAAUGGCGAAAGUCGUCUAAUGACUUGUGAAGAGGCGAAGAAACAUGGACUUGGGGAGGACGAAGGUGCGUAUCGUAGUUUGCAGCUUAUUCACGCGAGCGUUCUGCGCCAGCGUUUAGGCAGUGACAAUCAAGCCUUGAAUCUUGAUCAAACAAAAAUGAGAGUCCGGAUGAGAUUUGAUUGAAUAUUAUCGCGCGCGUAGCGAAAGCUCUCUUCAACUCUCGUUAUAAUUUGAACCAGUUUAUUGUCGAUUUCAGGUAACUUUUCAACACGUUGUUCCAAAGUUGAACUUCGCAACGAAGUUCGCAAGUUCAUUUCAAAGUUCGAACUUUGAUUCCGUAAACAAAUGUUCAUAGUUGGUCUUGAAAUUACUGUAUAAGGCCCUAUGCACAUAUUACUGCAGUAAAAUGUUGGUCCAGUGGUCUCCCAAGACGAAAAUGCCUUUUUAAAUAAAUUUACAAAUGAAAUUUGUACAUUUGUUUACAAUCGAAGUUCCAACUUUGAAAUGAACUUGCGAACUUCGUUGCGAAGUUCCCGCUCAACUUCCGAACUUGAUACCGUAUAAAUUGGCAAGUUCGCAACGAACUUGGGAACAGUGACAGUGUGUUGAAAAGUGACCUGAAGUCGACAAUAAAGUUGAUGCGAAUUGGUUAUCAAACGCGCGAGUGAGACUUGCAACUCUCCGGCAACCUCGUUUGACCGGCGGUUUAAUAAGAUGAGCGGGAUUGGACGACAUGAAAAAUACAAGUCAUACAAGCGAAAACGUCGACGUCUCGAGAAGACCCGCGAAGGCCCUCCUUCGGCGGCAAGUUAGGGCUUUCGCUCGAAACGUUGUCGUUGACGUUUUACUUGUAUUUUGCAGGUAUUUGAAUCCCAUUCGAUCCGUGAAGCUUUCUGGUGCAGCUUAUUCAGGCUAUGUGCACACAAUGCCUAGUGUGCAUAUCCGUCCAAUUUGUACGGGAAACCAUACAAAUUUGUGCCGUGCGCAAAGGGUUUAUUUGUGUUACUUUAUACUUGACACAUAUGUAUUAAUUAAAAUAUUGUUAAAUCUUAAUUUUUAGGUGAUCUGAUUCCAACUGACUUUUAUUUGUCUGAUUUGUGUAAGCAACUUACCUCUUGCUUGGCGACCAAGCCUGCAGAGGUGACUAGUGCCAGGCCAAUUAUAAAUCCAGGUAAGUGCGCGCAAGGCAUUCAAUGCAAGGCAUUCAGUCCCAAUAAUAUUAGUUAUUUUACGUUUUUCUGUACUUGACACGCAGAGAGGACAGUUUAGAACUGAUAGAGAUACUAUCCUGUAUAUUAAAUAAAUUUGGUUUAGGUUUCCUCCUGUAGUUACACUGGAUCAAUAACAGAUGAUCCUUACUGGACCUCCAGGAAGAACAGUUUAAAACUGAUAGAGCUAUUCAGUAUAAAUAAUGCUUAGUUUGGUUUAGGUUUCCUCCUGUAGUAGUAGCACUGGAUCAAUAAGAGAUGACUCUUACUGGACCUCUAGGGAGAACAGUUUAUAGAACUGAUAGCGCCAGUAUCUUGUAUAAAUAAAGUUCGUUUAGUUUAGGUUUCCUCCUGUAGUAGCGUUGGACAAUAAACGAUAAGUGAUGAUCCCUACUGGACACACAGAUAUAAUAGUUUAGAAGUGAUAGAACCAUCCUGUGUCUAUCUAAAGUUAGAUAAUGAAGACGUUUCAAUUUUCGCCCACAGACGAUGCAGAAGACCCAGCCUGCAAUCCUAUAUUCUGGAUCAGUAAAUGGGUAGAUUAUUCGGAUAAAUAUGGCCUCGGUUAUCAACUGUGCGAUGGCAGUGUCGGGGUGUUAUUCAAUGAUAGUUCCCGCUUGAUUCUCAAAGAGGACGGAGAGUAAGUAAAAUA